UUGUGGAAAAAUUUUAUCCCACUGUUUAACUAGGGGGGUUCUGCCGGUUUUAAUGCAACAUGUUCUUCUUUUAAUGGUACAAAUAUAUAUAUUUCUAUCAAAUAACAGGGAUCGAUAUGCAAGAACUUGAGAGGUGGCCUAUUUUCAGUCUUCUGAAUGAAGAGUUUUUAGUAGCUAUAAGAAUAGCGUGUGUUUUUGGAAGCGCAGGAAAUGAAGCAAUUGUUGUCACCAAAGACGAUGAUGUGUUCGCGCUAGGAUCAAAUGGAAGCAGUUGUCUUGGAGUCGGAGAUGCUCAGAGUUGUCUUCAUCCCAGGAAAGUGGAUGCAUUGUGUAAAAAGAAUGUGGUGUCCUUAGCGUAUGGCAGUGGUCCGCACGUCCUUGCAGUGACAGAAUCAGGUGAGGUAUUCACUUGGGGUCACAAUGGCUAUGGUCAGCUUGGAAAUGGAAACACAAACCAAGGUUUGAUCCCAUCACCUGUUAGUUCGGGACUUCAUAUGAAAAAAGUUUUUCAGGUGGCUUGUGGCAGUCAUCACUCUCUUGCACUCACUGUGGAAGGGGAGGUGUUUGCCUGGGGAUACAACAACUGUGGACAGAUAGGUACUGGAAACACAAACAAUCAGACUGUGCCCAGGAAAAUAAAUUCAGCAAUAAUAGGAACAAAAAAGAUAAGUGUAAUUGCUUGUGGUCAGACGUCUUCUAUGGCUUUGUCAGAUGCUGGAGAGCUGUUUGCUUGGGGUUACAAUGGCAAUGGCCAGUUAGGAGUUGGUAACAAUGCUAAUCAGCUGACACCAUGCAAAGUUAUUGGACUUGUUGGAACAAUCACAACACAAAUUGUUUGUGGUUAUGCCCACUCACUGGCUUUAUCAGAUGCUGGAUGUCUGUAUACCUGGGGGGCUAACUCAUAUGGACAGCUUGGAACAGGGAACAAAGCACACUUAGUCACACCAACCAAGAUAGGGCUUGAUAAAGGAAGGUAUAUAAUCAUGUUUUCUAAAGUAUUUCUCUUAUGACUG